AUGGGGGAAGCCGCGAGCGCAGGACCCGCCGAGGAAGCUCGGGCGCGCACAGAGGGAGACGGCGACCCGGGGCGCUUCCCGAAGCCCCCUUACUCCUACGUCAGCCUGAUCGCCAUGGCCAUCCAGGACAGCCCCGAGCAGCGCUUGCCCUUGAGGGCCAUCUACCAGUACAUCUCGCAGCGCUUCCCCUACUACCGGCCGGGCCAGAAGGGCUGGCAGAACAGCGUGCGCCACAACCUCAGCCUCAACGACUGCUUCGUCAAGGUGCCGCGCGGGGCAGCCGAGCGCAGGGGCCACUUCUGGGCGCUGGAUCCGGCCUCCCGGGGCACGUUCGUGCAGGGCAGCUACCGCCGCCGGCGGCGCGUGCGAAGCGCUGCGCUGGAUCUGCCCCCCUCGGCCGCGCCCCCCGCGCCUCCCGCGCCGGCGCCGGGUUGCUUCGCCUGCCCGGAGCCCGCGCUCUCUUACUUCGUGCCUUGCCGCCAGCAGAGCGCCCCCGCCACCUACCUGUUCGCUGCGGCGGCGGCGAUGGGGCAGCCCCCGCCCCAUCCUAUGGGCGGCAGCCUUCCGGGGAUGGGGCCCGUCGGCGGCUACGGACCCACCCCCGGAUUCUUGCUGCCCGGGGCGGAAGCUCACCAGCAAGUAAGCCCCCUUCCUGCGGGAUCCGUCCCCGCUUUCCAGCCACCUGCCAACCUGUCGCAUCUGCACUGCUGGAGCUGGCAGGAUAGUUCCUACUAUACUGGCUUAGACAUUUGA